AUGGAGGAGGAUUCUUACAACUUCGCAACCACUAUAUUAACAUCAAAAUCACCCGAACAAGCUGCUGCAAUUUUACCUAGCAUUAUAACUGGAUCCACUGGAUUAAACAAGGAUUUGUCGUCAUGGUUCAACAACUACAAUUCAGCAAUUGGUGCCCAUAAUGCCAACUUGAGACAAUUACUUGAAGAGGCUAAAAAGAUUGCUGGUCGAAGCAGCGUUGGAUUCAACAAUUUCCCUCGCAAUUGGAACUGCUUGGUGAACGCAGUACAAAUGGAGUUAAAAGACAAUGAAAUCUUGCAAGAGAACUUGAAACAAGAUGUAAUUAUUCCAUUGAAGAACUUGGUUGAAAAUGAUGUCCGUAUUUCGGAGUUAACCAUUAAUGGACAAGAAUUGACUGAACUUAGUCAACAUUUGACUAAAGAAGGCGAGUAUCAGUGGAACUUUAAAGCCCCUCAAGCAUUUCAAAACUUGGAAGCAUUUAAAAAGAUUGAAAUUCAAUUAAUGUUUAAUGUCAUUUUGAAUUACUUCCAGCUCAACAAUGCGAGAUUAAAUAAGGAAGUGAAGAAUAACGAAAAUUCAACAAAUUACUUGUUGGGAAGUUUCAAGUUGGACAACGAAAUGAAAAGUCAAUUGGACUAUAUGCAGAAUACACAAUUUCAAUUGCCUCAACAAAUUGCUAAUCAGAAUCGCUCAGGGACUACUGGAUCGAAUUCAGCUGCUGGAUCAAGCACAACUCCGGCAAAGGAAAGAAGAAGAAGCUCAUUUGGUCGUCUUGAUAAACAUGCAGGUGCCCAUGAUGAAACUUCGCCCAAAAAGUCAUCCAAAUUGAAAUCGAGGGUUGGAUCUAUUUUUGGCAGAAAAAAGAAGAAGGAUCAGCAUCAUACACAACUUGAAUCUACUAUUGCUGAAGAUGCAUCCAUUUCCACUGAUGCAUCAACCUCACGAUCAGCACCAUUGUCGAGGAACAACACCUCAAGAUCUUUCCUUGGUAGAGAGCAAAGAUAUGAGUCGCCUGCCACAGAUCAACGCCGUCCAUCCCAUGCUAGUCAAACUCUUUAUCAACAUGAGCAACAACUGCAAACUCCAUUCCCUCCUUUGACGCCAAACAAGCCGUCACUGAAUCAGCAACCUCAAGUAGCUCAGCAACCACAGCAACCUCAACAACAAUUGCAAUCUCAACAACAACCGCCGCAGCCUCAACAACAACCGCAACCUCAACAACAACCGCAACCUCAACAACAACCGCAACCUCAACAACAACCGCAACCUCAACAACCUCAACAGCAACAGGCAUUUGGAUCCGGAAUCGCCCCCCAACAAUUUCCUUCCCGACAACAACAACAACGGUCAAGCUUCUCCACGCAGCCUCUUGCAGCCCCAAGACAAGGCUCCUUUGCAUCGCUGCAACAACUUGGUAGUUACAAGGAUGCAGCAUUACCAGCCACUCCAACAAAGGACAGAGCUCCCACUGGGCCCUUUAACCAACAAACCGAUUCUCCAAAUGUUGUUAAAUAUGGCACUGACGAGGAUGAUGAUGAUGAUGACAGUGAGGACAACGUGAAUGCAGGUAGAAGAUCCUCAUUACUUGAAAGGCAUCAUUUAGACAGCACUGAACAAGGCGAAAAAGGUGCUGGUGCUUUUACUACCCCACAACAACUGCAACCUUCUCAUGUUGCUGGUGGAUUACUUGACCCCAAUGCGAGAGCAAGACAAAACAGUGAUGGCAAGUAUUCUUUCGAAGCUGGUGAUGAUAACAAGCCAAUUUUGGCGUCUCCAAGAAGUGAGCAGAAUGGAUUUAGUGAUGGUGACAGGAUUUCUGAAAGUAUUGCAUCAGCGCGGGGAGACAGAGGUGUUGAAAACAGAGAUUUUGAUGCAAUUUCUUCUAGAGAUGAUGAAUCUUCGAGAUUUGUCGGGGAGUUUGGUGGUGGCGCAACAGCAACCUCACCAACAGCUGACAAUUUUGUUCCACAUGGAUAUGCUUCAUCCAACACUACUUCUUCAUUUAGUGGAUUUGGAGGUGCUGCUCCACCAAAACCCCCACCAUCAAGAAAAGUGGUGCAUCAUGACACAGCAGGUUCGGUGAGAGAUUCUCACAUGUUUCAUAAUUUGCCAGCUGCAACCACAAAUAGUUCUAUACGAGAUUCAUUUGUUCAACCACCAAGACCUUCAUCAACAAGUUCACAUGUGAAUAAUCCGUUUGCGGCGUUAAAGAGACAAGACACUGGUACAUUGUUGAAUAACGAUUUCAAGCAUUUCAAUUUAUCAGAUGCCACUAUUGGAUUGAACACGUCAAUUGCUGAAAUUGUCAAUGCAACUUUCAAAGAUGGACAAUUGAAGUCAUCGCAAGUUAUUGGCGAAGUUGCUUUUAACUAUAAUGGACAUCCAAAUGAGGAGUCAAUUGUUGUUAGUAUUCCCCACGAUUAUGAUAGAUUGAUUGUCAACAAGACGUUUAUUGAAGAAUUGGGCGAUCAUGAUUAUAAGCUUGAUCCUGCUUUGAUCAGUUCAAAGACAUUGGGUGGAUUAAAGUACUUGGCCAACGACAAUCACGUGCCUUUACUCGUUCAACAGAUUUGGAAAUUUGAGCCUCAUCAAUCAAGUUUGAUGAUUAGUAUCAGGUCAAACGUAAACGAGACUCUUGAGAUUGAAAAUUUGAUUGUUUCAGCCGCUUUGAAUACCGAUGUUGUAGCCACUUCAGCAUCAUCUAAACCACAAGGUGCAUUCAAUAAAGAUAAGAACAGAAUUACUUGGAGAUAUAAUCAUCCAGUCGUGUUGAAGCCUCAUGGUGAAGAGAAAUUGAUUGCUAGGUUUAUGACCAAAGGACAAGGGUCUGAACAUGAACUGGGCGUGCAAUUAAAGUUUACUAUUGGUAACCCAACAGCUGUCAAGUACUGUUCAAUUUAUAACACUCAAGGGGAAGAGAUUCCUUCAUUUAGAAACCUUGUCAGUGGACAUUAUGCUAGUCAUUUUUGA